AUGUCUUCAUCUAUUCCCACUCUUCCCAAAGGCUACAUCCUCCACGAUGAGCCUCCUAGCGCAACCGCCUACCUCGCCCUCCGCACCCUCUCCGGUCUAAGCCCCAAGACCUCAGAGCAAGCAUCUGGCGCUCUGGCAGGUUCCUGGGACUUCUGCCACAUCGUGCACGAGGCCUCAAGCACGACCGUAGGCAUGGGCCGCACGAUCGGAGACGGCGGCUGGUACUUCCACAUCGCGGACAUGGCUGUGCUGCCCGAGCAUCAACGCAAGGGACUCGGCGAUGUGAUUAUGGCGAGGCUGGUGGGAAGGAUUAGGCAAAGGGCGCCGCCAGGGGCGUAUGUUACUCUUCUGGCGGACGUGCCGGGCAGGAGGCUGUAUGAGAGGCAUGGGUUUGAGGAGACGGGACCGACGUCGAUUGGGAUGGCUAGGUUGUCGUAG